AUGGCAGAGAUCAAGCGGCCAGUUGGCCUUCUGUUUGACAUUGGAGGAGUGUGUGUUGUUUCACCGUUUCAAGCCAUUCUUGACUACGAGCUCGCACAAAACAUUCCACCUGGAUGGGUCAACUUCAGUAUCUCGCGAACAGCGCCGAACGGUAGCUGGCACCAGCUCGAGCGAGGCCACAUCAAGAUGGACGCCGACUUCUUCGCAGGGUUCAAUGCGGACCUAAGAAAUCCCGAUCUCUGGAAAGAAUUUCAUCAACAACUCCAGAAAAAACAAGGCAUCAGUGGCGCGCCCAUCCCUCCACUACCAAACGUGGAUGCAGAAUGGCUUUUCUGGGAGAUGAUGCGGAUAUCGCGCACGCCAGACCGAUAUAUGUACCCCGCUCUGAAGAAGUUGAGAGAGUCGGGGCAGUUCCUUAUGGGCGCUCUAUCCAACACUGUUAUAUUCCCCGACGGGCACGAAUAUAACAAUGUGUCUGACGUUAAGAAGCAAUUCGACUUCUUCAUCUCAUCGGCACACACGGGCCUCCGCAAGCCUGAUCCGAAAAUCUACCAAGUUGCAUUACAGGAAAUGGACACUCUAGCCAAGAACCGGGGACUGGGUGGUGUCAACCCUGAUGAUAUCGUGUUUUUCGAUGACAUUGGUGAGAACUUGAAGGGAGCAAAGAAAGCCGGCAUGCGCACGGUCAAAGUUGUUCUUGGAAAGACUGAAGAUGCGGUGAGAGAGCUGGAAAAGAUUACUGGUCUCCAGCUGUUCGAGGACGGCAAAGCGCGGUUGUGA